ACUCUCAAUAUCCGGUUUCAGCACCACGGACAGCUCAGCUCCGCCAAUUCCCCGAAUUUACCUCGCUUGCGCGCACAAACCCUGACCUUGUUUUAAGGUGCCAACUUCUGACCAUAGCUGGAGUCGGUGUUGGGGACUGCUUCAUGUUAACCGCUGAUCACGCCCGCGUCAGAGGCGGCUGAAUCUGAGCGGCAGAGAGAGGGAAGGUUCUUCAGCACGAGCCAAGAUGCGAUAAAGAUGCGCUGACGGUUUCUCACACACCACCUUAUUAUUUACCUUUUAUGUUUUUGUGCUGAGCGCCGCGAGGACGAUUACAGGGCGAAGAGGGCGCGAAGAAGAGGAGAAUUCUGUGGCGAGAAACAGACUAUCUACAUGUGAGAGCACCGGACCGAGAUGCAACCGACCAGCAAGAUCCUCACUCUCAGCCUCCUCAUCCUGAUGGGCACCGAACUCACCCAAGUGCUGCCGGCCAAUCCGGAGGACUCUUGGCAGGUGUACAGCUCGGCCCAGGACACGGAGGGCCGGUGCGUGUGCACGGUGGUGGCGCCCCAGCAGAGCAUGUGCUCUCGGGACGCACGCACCAAACAGCUCCGCCAGCUCCUGGAGAAGGUCCAGAACAUGACCCAGUCCAUCCAAGUCCUGGACCAGAGGACCCAGAGGGACCUGCAGUACGUGGAGAGGAUGGAGCUGCAACUGAAGGGGCUGGAGACCAAGUUCAGACAAGUGGAGGAGAACCACAAGCAGAACAUGGCCAGACAGUUCAAGGCCAUAAAAGCCAAAAUGGAGGAGAUUAGGCCGUUGAUCCCAGUGCUGGAGGAGUACAAAGCGGAUGCCCAGUUGGUUGUGCAGUUUAAGGAGGAGGUCCAGAAUGUGACGGGGCUGCUGGGUGCCCUGCAGGAGGAGGUCGGCACCUACGACUACGACGAUCUGCACUCCAGAGUCACUAGUCUGGAGAACAGACUGAGGGCAUGCAUGCAAAAAUUAGCAUGUGGAAAGCUGACAGGGAUCAGCGAGCCAAUCACCAUCAAGACGUCAGGGUCAAGGUUCGGCUCCUGGAUGACGGACCCUCUUGCCCCAGAAGACGACACCAGGGUGUGGUACAUGGACGGUUACCACAACAACCGCUUUGUACGCGAGUACAGCUCCAUGUAUGACUUCAUGAACUCAGAUAACUUCACGUCUCACCGGCUUCCCCACCCGUGGUCCGGUACCGGUCAGGUGGUCUACAACGGCUCCAUCUACUUCAACAAGUUCCAGAGUCACACCAUCAUCAAGUUCGACUUCAAGACGUCAGUCAUCAGCCGCUCUCGCCAGCUGGACUACGCUGGCUACAACAACAUGUACCACUACUCCUGGGGCGGUCACUCGGACAUCGACCUCAUGGUGGACGAAGGCGGGCUCUGGGCCGUCUACGCCACCAAUCAGAACGCGGGGAACAUCGUGAUCAGCAAGCUGAACCCCAACUCACUCCAGAUCGUCCAAUCGUGGACCACCAACCACCCGAAGAGAAGCGCUGGCGAGGCCUUCAUGAUCUGCGGGACGCUGUACGUCACCAACGGUUACUCCGGGGGCACCAAGGUGUACUACGCCUACUCCACCAACUCCUCCACCUACGAGUACAUGGACAUCCCGUUCCAGAACAGGUACUCACACAUAUCAAUGCUGGACUACAACCCUCGCGACCGCACCCUCUACGCCUGGAACAACGGACACCAGGUGCUCUACAACGUCACGCUCUUCCACCUCAUACGCGGCGAGGCCCAGUAGACCGAGGCCCUCGCCGCCGGGACGGGGAAACGUCCACAGACGGAAGCGUCCGAUUGGUCGACGGAGGCCCGCAAGCCGACGUGGCGAAAAAAAACGCAGACGUCUCGACGCGUUCCGUCUUUCUACGUUCCUCCGUCCGCCGAGACACGCCCGCGCUGGGGGGCGGAGCCUCCACCUCCAUCUGUGGGUUCUUCUCAACACCGUCGCUGAUGCUUCCUCUUCCUGUCUCCUUCCUGGUUUGGUCAUCAGGCUCUCACGGGCCGGAGGGGCGGGGACAAGGAGACGAUGGGAAGGACUGUCUGUUGACAAUUGAGACCCACCCCUUUUGGCUCUGUCUCCAGGUGUGGGCUACUCUGGCCAAGGAAGCUCCCUGCUGGACACACACACACUUACACACACACUUACACACACACACACACACACUUACACACGCAAAUACAGACACAUACACGCCCACCCACCCACCCAUGCACUCUCACACAAAGACACACAGACAUCUGAUAGUGGAGCCACAUAAACAAACAGCCUAUGUUACAUGAUAACAGUAAUAAAGUAUCUAUCGAUAUGUCACGUAUAGAGAAUAUCUUAAACAGAGUGUAUGAGCAGGCAUUUAUUAGUUUUAGAUGACUUAGUACGAGUCUCUCAAUGAUUGUGUUUCUAUGGAAUUACUUACUCUGACUUUUUUUUUCAUGACAGAGAACUUGUGAAGCUUAAUGUGUUUUAGUUUAGGAUUGAUUAACUUUAGGAAUAGACAAGAGUUCUGGCCUCCUCAUUUGGUGUUGUCUCUGGUCUUUGUCUGGACUGAGGCUAGGGAGGGAAAAGGGGAGGGG